UUCCAUGACUACACACCCGCUUCCAGAUUCCUCACUGUGUUUUGCUCUGCUCUGCUUAAUUUUCCGUUUGCUUGUUCUCCAUUCUCCGUCUCGACUUUUACACACAAAUUCAAAGGCAAACCGAACCCCAAACUCCUCGUUCUGCCCCCCCAUCAUCCCUCGUCCCAACCUUUGCGAGAAGUAAGGGGAUACUACGAGACAGGAAACCAACAACAACCUCCAUCACGCCGUCACCAACACUCAACUCACCCUAAUACUACUACUACUACUACUACUACUACCUCUACUAAUUAACCCACCCGGCGCCACAAACACACGGCCCUUCAACGACUACACUACAACCUACCAUCCAAAUACCAAAGCACUGGUCUGUCUGUAAUCUGUGGCAAGAGACACCGCCUCUUCUCGCCCAACCAAGUCCCAACCUUGAAGGCCCCCAGGUCACCGGCUUUUCAUAUAAGCUGCCCUCCUCAGCCAACACCACCACCGACAGUACCUCUAUUAAUCCGUCUUGGUUGCGCUCUCGUGUCCCAACCCAUCCCUGCUUGCUACUGCAAUCACUCAUACACACACCGUAUACACGACACACACAACACACACACACACACACACGACUUCUCUCUCUUGGAUACUCAAGUCGUCUUCGAGGACGCCGAUUGCUGCCGAGUACCCAAACCACCAGCACCACAGCAGCAGCAGCAGCACCAGCAGCAGCAGCCACAAGACUUUCUGCCGGUCUUGGUCGCAUUCAUAACUGGUCCAUUCGCCCUACCCAUUUCCCCGGGUUUCUCUGGACUCUUCCUCCUCACCGAUUUUUCCCUAUAAUUUCACCCGUCGUCGCUCACGUAGCUUGGCUCCAGCAAUACCAUCGAAGACAUCAAGGAUAGUCAAACUUCAAAAUGGGCGAACAAGGCGCAGGCGGUGGCUUCGAGAGCCACUUGUCUACUCACAGGCGACAGGACUCCACGGCCGAGGAGCCCCUACCGACAGAGACCGUCCCCGAGACGCGCAACCCACCCCAACAGGCCGAACAGGAAGAUCAGAUCAUGCAAGAGUUCUCCAGAGUAUCGAGGGAGCUGGCCACAGAUGGAGGAGAGAGCACGGCUUCAACACCGGCGGCAGAGACGGCACCCAGGCUAUCCAGGAAUUCGUCGACGAGAUCCAACAGGCAAAGCACAAGCGAGUACUUCACCGCCCAUGCCAGGGAUCGCAGGCCCUCACCGCUCUCUCGCAGCUCCAGUGUACCAAUCGCCCCCAAGCCCCUAGAACCUCCAGUCACCCGCGCAACCCUGAGUGAACUCGACGUCAGCAAGAUAAUACACAACCCCAAGUUGCGCCAUGAUAUCAACUUCGACCCUGAGCUACACUUCCGACCCAACCUGGACGGCGAAAAGGGCAAGCGAAAGCAGGAAAAGGCCAAUCAAUUCUGGAACAUGUUGAUGGAGCAGCUAAUACAGUUUGUUAUGGAUCGGGAGGGCUUCUACGCGAGAUAUGGGACAGACGACAACUGGUGCCUGCCAGCACUCCUCAAGGCCGCUCGGGAUAUCAUUGAGACGCUGGUGCCGCAACGGGAUCGCGACUUGCUGAACGAUGGGUUGAACGUGGAGCUUUUGAUGCAGCAGUUUCACCGUGGUGUUGCGGAUCUGGAAAAGUUGGCGGCCUGGCUAUCGGGCGUUCUGAAGCUACACUGCGCACCGAUGCGCGAUGAGUGGGUGGACGAGAUGUACAAUGAGCUCAGCAACGGGAAUCGGAACAACGACAUGGGCGAGCUGGUCAAGGGAAUGAGGAAUCUGCUUAGUGUGCUGGAGGCCAUGAAGUUGGAUGUUGCCAAUCACCAGAUCAGAUGCCUUCGCCCCGUCCUGAUCGAGGACACAGUUCACUUUGAGCAGCGCUUCUUCGUCAAGAAGAUUCAGGCGAGGAAGCUCAGCAUUGCUGCUGCCAAGCAGUGGUACCGCAACGCUGAGAUCGCCGCCUCCAUCGCCUACGCCAGCACCCCCAGCCCUCAUGCUCAAGCCUUUGGUGAGACCGGCACUUUCUUCGAGGCCCUUACCCAUCUCGUACUGCCUUCCACUUCUACUGGAAACAUUCCCAACACCUUCCUCUUCGACGAGGAGCGCAUCCUUAAGCUCAGGUCAGACAUGUAUGACAGCAUCUGCCUCGAGAUUUGCAUGCGCAAGUAUGAGGACUACGACAGCCUCUCGAGACAGUUUUCCUCCGGAGUGCCUGCUUACGUAUCUGACGACAAUGGCCGUACCCUAAGCACCCGCUCGUCCGCGGAAUUCAACUUUUCCCGUCCUUCUAGUCUAACCUUUAGCGACCGCAACUCCCUGUCAUCAACUCCUUCUUCUCCCCGCAGCUCCGUCAUCUUCCCACCCACCACCGGUUCUUGCAUCCCUGCUCAGGACUCUGCCGAAUCCCGCCGAAAGGCACAGGAGCUCUACUCGUCUCUUCUCGCCCUCCUCCACACCGCUCCACCUGCCAGCCGUCCUGACUACAGGUGGAAGAACCUUGCCGGCGCCAUGGCCCUCCAGAUUCUGCGCUUUGUCAACCACCCUCAGGCGUCCCUGGCCGAGCUCGAAUCCAACCUUGUUCGCGUACUAGGCGACCCCACAUGCGAGGUGUUCCGGGAGGUUGAAGCCGAGUUCCAGCAAAAGCUGCUAGGCGAAGUGGCGGUCAAGGUCAAGGAGUUUAGGAAUCUCUCUGGCGUUGGCCUCUUCUCGCGCGCAACUGGUGGAAGGAUCCAGACCCCUGGCACUAGGGCCUGGAAUGCCGGUGGAGCUGGCGAUCACCUUCACACCCCUGGAGCCAGCAAGGUGAUGGGUAUCCAGAGCCUUGGCGGUAGUGAGCCAUCAACGACCGCUACGUCUUCAAGCCCAUCGAGCAACAGGGACCCCCGCGAGGAGGCCGGUGUCGAGGACAUGGCGAUGCGCGUCGCCCAUUUUGGCGUUCUCCACUGGAGGGUCUGGGCACAGUUGGCGUACAUCGGCGAUGUCGAAAGUGAGUUGGAGAACGCGGACUUGAUGGCUCAGAUGCAGGCCCAGGGGUCAGCGUAUGCCGAGCAGUUUGCCGCGGCCGCUGCGGCUGCCAAUGUUGGGAGGUCAUAGGUUGAUGUGGCCAAAGUGAAAGAGGACACCGAGAGAGAAGAAAAAGAGAGAAGCAUUCAUUGCCUUCUUGGAGAGAUGCCUUGGCGGCAGUGGCAGUUGCAGGACUGACUGCUGCUAGCUUUCAAAGCUUUUCGUUUUGUUGUUAAUGCUCUUUUAAUCUUUUGCAUCGUUUUGCAUUGUUGGGGUUGGGGAAAGGAAGAAGAUGAUGGUUGCUAUACCGUCUGUGUCACUUGGCACCCCCCUUCCACCACUUUCCCUUUUACCACUACACUAUUAUUAGUCCUCACGGUUUUUCUUUUAUCUACUACUACUACGGUUGGGGUUGGGUUGGGUUUGGUCUGGUCUGGUCUGGUCGGCUCGGUUUGGCUUUUGUUGUUUAGUUGCUUGCACUGGUUUGGCUUCCUUGCCUGCUAGCUGGGUGCCUGGGUGUUGCGCGCGUUUGGGUGUUACAGUCGAGAAAGAAUGGGUUUUGCGCAAAGUAUUGUGACGUUGGCAGAGAGAGAGAGAGAGAGAGAGUCAAACAAGAACGUUUUUAGUAGUACUCGGAAAUACCCCCCCGUUAUUUUUAUCAGCUUAUUUUUAUUAUAUCUCUUAUUGUCAACUACACUACUACUACACUAUCGAAAACGGGUCACCUCGUUCGCCUUGUUAUCAUACGAUAGUCAUAUCUACUACUUUUACCUAACUCUACCUAACCUUAACCUUUUUAACUACUACUACUCUACUGCUACUACUACUAUUACAAACUCUCCAUCUGACUCGUG